UGGUGAAGGGUGUACGUGUCUUCCUGCAUUGUCCGAGGGAACUGGACUGCUAAAAAUGAGAGUGAAUUUCCAUUCUUAAAGUUAGAAGACCAAACAAGGGGAUUUAUACGAACCUGAAGGAGCGAUCCUACGGCAGCCCCACUUCUCUUAUUGCGAUCGGACGUUUUCAAGAUUCUAGGAGACACAUCCUAGAUUUUUGACACAUCAGGUUUAGGUUUACUCCUGCGGAGCCUGUGAACUUGAAACAAAUUCUAGAAAUUAAAUUAUUUUUAUAUAAUAUCUGAACGACUUUAAGUCGUUAUUUUGACACAUUAUGUCUCCAGGAGGGUCGUACAGAGUCCUAAAUCUGUCAGUUCCCUUUAGCCGAAGACUAAACUUCAAAGUUGGUACCACAGAGUGCGAUUCACCUCUGGCUGGUAACGAAAUCAACAUCCCGAGAGUUGAAUCCACCACUGAUGAACCAUGCAAUUCUAUCGUGGAACAUUCAACAAACCGACGACAUGCGAAUUCGCUAGUAUCAUCAACUCAGAAACACGAAACUUCUGCCUCCUCUUCCACGCAUACGGAAGAAUCCAUGAUAUGGGAGAUGAGGGAAAUUAAUUCUCUUGAUGAACAACAGAGACUUGGACUCUGCAGUAGUAAUGUAGCCAAGUGCAUUUCGAGCGCUAGUUUCUGUUGUCCCAUUGAUUUCAGUAACUCUCAAACAGAACUUGGGCCUCAAACUACAAUAGAUUCUGAGCCAUUAGAUUUGAGAACUAUGAAAACUAAGGAAAGAUGUUAUACCGGAAAGUAUUUCGAUAUUCAAACCGGUUCGCAAGAAGCCCAGAAAACAGGAUGGCAUAUUCCGAGAAGCCCGCCAACUACUAGCCUCCCAAAACAGUUCCUGGGCAUAACAGACAUCCUCAAAGACGACCGACCAAGUCGUAUUUCUCGUAUCAAUCCUGAAAAUGACCACACUACUGGAAAACAUUUACUAAAUUUCUCAAAUGUUCCAAGAAUACCCACCCUCUUGUGCCCAAAACCUGUGAGACCUCAAACUUUUAUUGAGAUGUAUAAAAGCUUCGAACGAGAUCCUCAACAAUGUCCCCAGUACCACGUAGGUGGCAUGAGGAUUAUUUCUGAACCUAUGUUUCGGCAGCCAUCUUUUCUCUUCACGUCUUCUGCACUGCCUGGUAUAAGGGAGAAAAUUAGUCAUGCUUUUGGACCAACACGUCUUGUCAAAGACCGCUACAGCUGCAAAUUUUGCGGCAAAGUCUUUCCUAGGUCGGCCAACCUAACUAGGCAUCUCAGAACCCAUACAGGAGAACAGCCAUAUAAGUGCAAGUUCUGUGAAAGAUCCUUCAGCAUAUCAAGCAACCUUCAAAGACAUGUUCGCAACAUCCACAACAAAGAAAGACCUUUCAAAUGUCCUUUGUGUGAUCGAUGUUUUGGUCAACAGACAAACCUCGACCGCCAUCUUAGACACCACGAAGAUGGCAGCCAUGAUGCUCCUGAUUCCAGUAGCAUCUUGGAUCUUCCUGAAUCCGAACUUCAGUCCGAUGAAUCGGAUCAAGAUGAACCCACAUUACCAGAAAAUCCAGACGAAAAUCUUGAUAAUGUAAACUCUUCAAACCCAGAUUCAUAUAAAAUACCAGAAAAUCAAGAUGGCCGUCGAGGGACAAGACGGGCCUUGACUCCAGAAGACCCUUCCACCGCUAGAAUUAUGGAUAACGUGUUACCUGUUAAGCGAAUGAGACUUAGUUUAUAAUAUAUCUUCAUAGGAGAGUUAACAGCAUUCAGAUUAUUAUUAUUUGAAUGAAAAAAAGAAAAACUCGCUCUCUAGACUAUAUUAUUUAGUGUCUGCUAUGUUAACAUUAUGUAGGCCAAAUAUUAUAUAUUAUUAUGUCAUCUUGACUAAAAAAACUGUAUCUUCAUUGUUUAAAUUCUCCAGAAAUUUCGGCGAAUGAAGCGAAUGUCACGUGACUGAUGAGUCAUAGAAAAAAUGAAGGAACAAAAAAAAUUAUUUCUUUCAUGAA